CAUCCAUGUUGUGUUUACUUUUCCAAUAGGAUGGAACUAUGCCACACUCACUGAAAACUUUACAACUAUUGUAAAUAUGUAUUGAAAAAUCAACAAAAGUUUUCUAAAUUUGCCAUUAUUUAUUUGUUUGUUUUACUUUUGUUGUGAGCGUGUGUUUGUUUCGCACGGAACGAUUAACAAGAUGGAGCAGCUACAACCACCUUCCAUACCGCACCUGGUACAAGUCUAUCAGCCCUCAGUUACCAACAGCAAAAUGCAGAACCCUCAGAUCAUACAUAUAUCUCACUCAACACUACCCACAUCUCAAGGGAAGGUUACAUACCAGCAAACAAUCACAUCAGAAUCCAUUCACAUACCAGUAACAUCUCAACAUGUCACCGAGAUACAAAGUCAGAUGCAAAUGUCACAGAAUCAGAUAGUGAUGUCAUGUCAACAAGGACUGCAGAGUCUACCACCUCUACCAGGACAGUCUCAAGUCCUGCACGGACAGUCCCAAGUUGUACAGACUUCAGACAUGUCCCAGUCUCUUCAAAUUGCAUCCCACAUGAUUGUACCGCAGCACAUGCUGGCUGGAGUACACUCAUAUUACCGGCAGUAUGAGUAUCCUAAGGAGUGUCUACUUACUAAACUUGAGCCUGAUAUGCAGAUAGCAGAUAAGGAUGUUGAAUGUGAUACCGACACAACUCAAAUGGUACCUGAAACACCUAAGAAAAGGUCUCGAAGUCAAAUUCCUGAUCCGACAUCCUGGGCAUGCAACAUAAGGAAGACAAAACACCAACGCGGAGAGGCCUACAUCAAUAGGCGAGGCAAGUUUGUGCCAGAGAGACACAUACGAAACACUAAGGACUGUGUUAAAAACUGCAAGUUUAAAUGUAAUGAGAAAAUAUCAGAUAAUGACAGAGAACAUAUUUUCAAAGCAUUUUACACACUGAAUGCUAAUGAAAAGAAGUAUUUUCUGUUACACACAACUGAAAGGACAUGCAUUAAAAAUAACAAAGUAAUCACCAACAAUAAGAGAAAGUAUACAUUUAAAUAUUUCUUUAAUGUGAAGUCCGAGAGACAUACAGUGUGUAAGAACUUCUAUUUGGGUACCCUAUCUAUAUCUCAGAAGCCAGUUUAUAAUGUUCAUAUGGGAAAAACGGAUUUAAACAUACCGAAACCAGAUGGUAGAGGGCACUCUAAGGCCAGCUGUCAUUCACUGCCAUCAGAAAUUAAAGACAGAGUGAGGAAACACAUACAAUCAUUUACAACCAUGGAGUCAAAGCCUGUGGUGCAAUUUUCAAAGAAGAAACAGUACCUUGAUGCAAGUUUGAGUAUAAAACACAUGUACAACAUGUAUUUCAGCGAUUGCAACAAGGAGAACAUAGUGCCUGUGAAAGAAUCCAUGUACAGAAAGAUAUUCAGACAGGAAUAUAACUUACAUUUUAGGAAAGUUAAGACUGAACAGGCUUUGUGUGGCCGAUGUAAAAGUACUAUCAAGAAGAAAUGAGGGAACUGCAAUGCGUCUCUUGAAAAGGAAUUGAAUGAUGCUAUCUGUGAUAUAUUCACGCACGAAGGUUACUGAGCAUGGGAGCUCAGGUAACCAACCAGACGUGAUACGAUCUGAUUCUACCUUGCCUAGCUCAUGCUACGUAUGAAAUCGGAAGCUGUAUAAUUAUGAGAAACUACAUUCACAAACACGACAGAAAACUUGGAAAAUGUGAGAUUGGCACUUGCAAAAUAGACGGAAGCUGAUUCGUUUUCUGAUUGUUUCUCCUUGAACCAGUUCCUGAUUGAAAUACGAAAAGACGGAGAGAAGAAAAAAAGUUUCCGACGUUAGCGGAGGAUUUGUCUUCAACAGUAUUGGCAGUCAAAGCCUUAACUACAUUUGCUCUUUAUCAUAUACAGCAUGAUAAAUGCGACUGACCAAAAGUACGUGUACAGCUGUACACCAAGGACACACAGCCUACCCCUUUAUAGGGCUUCAAAAGUUUAAACCUUCCUUUUACGCAUUCCAUACCAUAACUCAUCGCAGAUCUCAAUUGAAAUAAUUUUCGUCACUUGCCAAAUUAAUAUCGAAUCGAAAAGUACUUCAAUCAAUAAAUCAUUUUAACGAUCAAUUAUAUUUAAAUAAAUGUGACAUUUUAGUGUCAUAAUGACGCAAUUAGUAGGACAUGUUGUUUCAAUACGUGUGGGUCGAUGACUGGCGGUCGUAAGGGGUUUCGGAUUUCGGAUUCAACUUGCGUACAAUCUCUGGCUUUCAAUGCCUUCUGUAUCUCUGUACAAUGGCCCGCAGAUAAACCUACUACAAUCUGUCAAAGGAGAUAUUUUAUUGGCCCUUUUCUGGAAUAGGGUAGUUGACUAAUUUUUAUUUUAAUGUCCGUCUGGUAGAUUAUUUUAAAAUUUUACACACGUAUUUUUUUA